GUUAAGGGAAUAUGGAAACUCAAGCUUUAUUCAAUACAGGAAGCGUUAUAUGUUGUAGCUGAUAAACACUGCAAGCGCAGCCCACACAGGAAGUGCUCAGACAAGACUGCUGCGAGGGAACACACCCCCCUGUGUGAAAUGCAACUACUGUUGAGCAGAGGCUGAUGACUUGGCAUUACAGAGUAGCUCAUGUUGUGAGACGAUAGAGUUGCCAGAUUUGGUUGGGGAGAAGAUUAGAAGUUAUGUCUGGUAAAAGUGGCAAGAAAAAACGCCUUGGUUCGCGCCGCGUGGCACCACACCAGAAUGUGUCAUCUGAUGACAUCCAUGUAACAGACGACAGUUCAGCAGCACAACACCAUGUACUAGAAGAAAGCAGUGAAUCGCUAAAUGUAUUGUCUAACCCUGAUGAUUCAAAACCUGAAACCCAGCAACCCCCUUCACCAGACAACACAAUGAGCAGGAGAAAACUGGGGUCUAGUCGAAGAAAUAAAGGAAGGCAGUUUGCAAAAGACUCGGAAACUGAGCCAUAUCUUGAACAUAGAGAGGAAGUUGAGGAAAAGACCAGGGGUAAUAAAACCGUUGAAACAACACAAACGUCACUGACAGCACAACUUGACAGGCAAGAGGAAUCAAGCCAAGGGAGUGUACAAGAUAUUUCUGCAACACCCAACAGCUCUUUAUUCUCAGCCAGUACACCUGACUAUGAUAAUUCUGAGGUGAAGAGCCCCAGUAUAUUGAAUUCUCCAGAAGACGUCACAGAAAUUUUAACUCCUAAACCUGGUAAUCUGCAAGCAGACCAGGCUCGUGAAAAUGAGACCAAACUAGAAAAGACUGACAAAUCUGACACUCCUCAAAGUGCAGAAAUGGAAGAAAAUGUUGGUAUCCUGGAGUUAUCUCAUUUAAGUGCACUUUCAAGUCUUUCUGCAGCUCAAAAACUGAUCAAUAUUCAACUGUCAAAUUCCAAGGAGAUGCCAGGAGAGAAACUCUCCCAUGUGUAUUCUGCAACAGAAAUGGGGAGCAACAAAAAUGAUGACACAGACAUGUUCAGGCAAGAUGAAAGCUUGCAGGGCAACACCUUAGAGAGUGAGUCACAGGUCGGAUCAGUGGCUUUGGAGUCUGCUACAGAUAAAAACAGCCACAGAGAAAAUACUGCAGUUAAAGACAAUGCUGAGCAAGCAAUGUUUUUAUUACCAAAAGAGGAGUUGCCCACAAAUGAAAAACUAAAAGAGCUUUUCAACUCUGAACUCAAAGAUGAUCAGCGUUUAGAGGAUACUGUAAAUAAUGUGCAUGAGCAGGAUUUUAAGACAACAAAAAUGCAGAAAGUGGAUCAAGAUGAGUACUCACCUGAAAGUCUGAUACUUGAUGCCACAGAAAAUGCGGAUAUCUGUGCUGGAAACCUGAAAGACCAAGCUGAGGUCAGGGAUGUUAAUCAACUUGAAUUGAGUGGGAAAGUUACUGAUGAUUUUGCACCCAAACAGGAAGUUUUAAAUCCUGAUGACAAAAAGGAUGAGCAUCCUAUAAAAGUGGACAACUUAGAGGUAGAUUUUAAAGUGGUGUUUGAUAAAUCAGUGGGAGCCACACUGGAAGGAGUGGAUAAAUCUGACACAGGUGCUGGUCAUUCAGAGGACGACGUAGAGAAAGUGCAGGAAGAGGAGGGACAGACAACAGAAAUGCAAGAAAUGCAGCAAAUUGACAACUUAUCUGCCAGCACAGAUGAUGCCACAGACAAUUCAAAAAUCGUUGAAAUCAUUACCACUCUACCAUCUAAUGUGAUGGUGGAAAGUAUUGAUGAUUCUGCAACCGAGCAGGAAGUUUCAAAUCCUGAUGACAAAAAGAAUGAGCAACCUACAAAAGAAGACAACUUAGAGGUCUUAGUCCAGAUAAGUGAGGAUAAUCCUUCAUGUGAUACCAAAACACCACAGACCAGUGAUAUAGAAAGAGUAGACGCUGCUCUAGUCCAGGUGUCCGAGUCUGAAGGCAGAGUAGAAGACGAUGUAAAACCCAACCCUGAACAAACAUUUCAUCAGGAAGCAGCGCAACUCUUCUCUGAAAUGGAGAACACUGCAUUUUCUUUACAAAGCUUUGAAUCAGAAACAAAUGCUGCUUCUGACUCACAACCUCAUGACAGUUCUGCGAGCAUACAUGAGGAAACCAACACAGACCUCCAGCAGAGUGGCAUCAGAAGAAAACUGGGGUCCAGCCGUAGAAAUAAAGGAAGACAGCCAGUUAAGGAAUUUAAAGAGGAAGCUUUAGAAAAUACCACAAGUGAUGAAGCUGUCAAAAUAAUAAAAAUGUCAUUGGCAACAAGUCAGGCAGACUUAAGUCAAGGGACCGAACAUAAUGCUGUGCCAUCUUUGUUGCAUGACAGCUCUAUGUUUUCAGUGUCUACACUUGGUUAUUCUUCUGAGGUUCAGAAACCUGCUGCUACAAACCAUCCUGAGGCUGAUCUGGGAAGUUUAAUUUCUAAAAGUGAAAAUCUUCAAGAAGACAGAGAGACAGACUUUAAAGUGGUGUCUGAUAAAUCAAUGGGAGCCACACUGGAAGGAGUAGAUACAUCUGACACAGGUGCUCAUCAGUCAGAGGACAACUGCAAAAUCUUCGAAAUCAUUACCCCUCACUCAUCCGAAGUGAUGGUGAAAAGCACCGAGGAUUCUGCAACCGAGCAGGAAGUUUCAACCCCUACUGUCAAACAGGAUGAGCAACCUACAAAAGAAGACAACUUAGAGGCUUCAGACCAGAUAAGUGAGGAUAAUCCUUCAUAUGAUAUCAAAACACCACAGACCAGUGAUAUAGAAAGAGCAGACACUGCUCUAGUCCAGGUGUCUGAGUCUGAAGGCGGAGUAGAGGAUGAUGUAAAACCCAACCCUGAACAAAUGUUUCAUCAUGGGAUGGAACAACUCAUCUCUGAAAUGGAGGACAGCAAAUCUUUGCAAAGCUUUCAAUCAGAGACAAAUGUUGUUUUUGACUCCCAACCUCAUGACAGGUCCACAGGCACAGAUGAGAAAACCAACACAGGUUUCCAGCAGAGUGACAUCAGAAGAAAACUGGGGUCCAGCCGUAGAAAUAAAGGAAAACAGCAAGUUAAAGACAACAAACCUACAGAGGAAGCUGAUGAAAAUGCAAAGGGUCAUGAACCCAGUGAAACAACAGAAACAGCAUUAACAUCAGAGACAGCAGACCAGGAAAACUCCACAGAGACCAUGCUGGAAGGAAUGAACAGAUUCGACACUCGUCUGACCGAAGAAGAAAACACACAAAAUGACACACAUGUUUGCACUUCUGAGGUAAUUACAUCUGGAAAACAUUCAAGUCCUACAGUAGAUAAACAGGUAAUUGACCUGUCACAUUGCACACAGAUGCCAGAUGAGGAUCUUUUGGGUGUCCAUUCUGUAACAGAUACAGAGAACAAGGAAAGAGAUGAAUACACAGACUUACUAAGGCUGGAUGGAAAUUUACCAGAGGAUCCUUUGGUGAGCAAAACACAAGUGAGUCCCUUCACAGUGGAGAUAUCCACAGAAAAAAUCAGCCCUGGAGAACAUACAGAACUGGAAUUUGGGGCUGAGAAAGCAACAGAUUCUUCACAAAAAGAUGAGUUGUCUACAAAGGAGGAACAAUUGUCCGAUGUCAGUGGCGCCCAGCAGUCAGAGGUCGCUGUAAAGAAAGUGGAUGAACAAGAUCUUCAGCCAACACAAAUUCAAGAUCAGCAACAAAAGUAUUCUUCACCUGAAAGUCUGAUAGUACUUGAUGCCACAGAAAAAGUUGAUACCUCCUUUGGAAAUCUCAAAGACCAAACUGAGAUGAGGGACACUAACAUGUCUGAGUUGAGUAGGAAAAUUACAGAUGAUUCUGCACCCAAGGAGGAGGUUUCAAAUCCUGUCACUAAACAGGAUGAGCGCCCUACACAAGAAAGACAUUUGGAGGCUUUAGAGCAGGGGAAUGAGGAUUCUGAUGUGUAUGAUUCCAAACAACCACGGAUCAGAAACACAGAAAGAGAAGACACUGCACCAGGACAGGUGAAUGAGGGUGAAGGCCAAGUAGACAUUGAUGUAAAACACAAAGAUGAACAAAUUGUUCAUCAAGACGAUGAAGGAGUCAUCUCUGAAAAGAGCACAUUUUCCCCACAAACCCUGCUGUCAGAAAUAGAUGCUCCUUUUGAUUCCAAUCAUCAGGACCCUUCUGUAAGUGUAGUUGAGGAAACCAACACUGGCUUUGACCUCAGAGGGAACAGAAGAAAACUGGGGUCCAGUCGUAGAAAGAAAGAAAGACAACAAGAUACGGAAUCUAAAGAGGAAGCUUUAGAAAACACCACAAGUGAUGAAGCUCUUGAAAUAACACAAAUGUCAUUAGGAACAGAGACAGGAAUUCAGGAAGAUUUAAGUCAAGAGGCCAAACAGGAUGCUAUCCCCUCUGUGUUACAUGAUAGCUCCAUGUUUUUAGUGUCUUCGCCUGGUUAUUCUGAGGUUCAGAAACCUGCUGCUACAAGCCAUCCUGAACCUGACCUGGGAAGUUUAAUUCCUAUAAAUAAAAAUCUUGAAGAAGCUCAAGAAGACAGACAGACAGAUUUGAAAGGGAUGCCUGAUAAAUCAGUGGGAGCCACACUGGAAGACGUAGAUACAUCUGACACAGUUGCUCAUCAAUCAGAAAUUAAUGUCAAGAAAAUGCAGGAAGAGGAAGGAAAGACAACAGAAAUGCAGCAGAUUAAAAACCUAUCUGUAAGUGCGAUAGGUGAUGCCACAGACAAUUCAAAAAUCGUUGAAAUCAUCACCACUCUCCCAUCUGAAGUGAAGGUGGAAAGUAUUGAUGAUUCCGCAACCGAGCAGGAAGUUUCAAAUCCUGAUGACAAACAGGAUGAGCAACCUACAAAAGAAGACAACUUAGAGGUCUUAGUCCAGAUAAGUGAGGAUAAUCCUUCAUAUGAUACCAAGACACCACAGUCCAGUGAUAUAGAAAGAGUAGAUGCUGCUCUAGUCCAGGUGUCUGAGUCUGACGACAAAGUGGAGGGUGAUAAAAAACCCAACCCUGAACAAGCAUUUCAUCAGGAGGCAGCACAACUCUUCUCUGAAAUGGAGGACAUCAAAUUUCCUUUACAAAACUUUGAUUCGGAAACAAAUGUUGCUUCUGGCUCACAACCUCAUGACAGUUCUGCGACCAUCGAUGUGGAAACCAACACAGGUUUCCAGCAGAGUGGCAUCAGAAGAAAACUGGGGUCCAGCCGUAGAAAUAAAGGAAGACAGCAAUUUAAAGACAACAAACCUACAGAAGAAGCUGAUGAAAAUAAAAUCGAUCAUGAACCAAGUGAAACAGCAAAAACACCAUUAACAACAGAGACAGCAGACCAGGAAAAAUCAGCAGAGACCAUGCUGGAAGGAAUGCACAAAUUUGACACUCAUCCGACCGAAGAAGAAAACAAACAGCUGCCAGAUGAGAAUCUUUUGGAUUUUUAUUCUGUAACAGAUCUAGAGAAGGGAAGGGAUGGGGCUCAGCAUUUGGAGGAUGCUGUAAAGAAAGUGCAUGACGAGGAGAUUAAGCCUAUACAAAAGCAAGAAACGCCUCAAAUUGAUAACAUAUCUGUAAGUGUGAUAGAUGAUGCCACAAAUAACACUGAAAUCCUUAUAGACUUAACUGAAAUCAGGGAUGUAUACCAAUCAAAGCUUGCUGUGAAAAAUACUGACGAUGAUACAAAAGAAAUCAACUUUGAGUCUUCAGACCAGGGAAAGGAAGCUGAUCGUGUAUUUGAUACUAAGAAACCACAGCUCAGUGAUACAGAAAGAGCAGACACGGCACUGGGUGAUUACGUGACUGAAAGCCAAGUAAAGGAUGAUAUAAAAUCCAGUGCUGGAAAAACAGGUUGUCAGGAGGCGGGGCUCUUCUCUGAAAUGGCGGACACUGAAUCUUCUUUACAAAGUCUGCAACAUGAGCUGCAUGCAGCUUUGGACUCCAAGCCUCAGCAAAACAACACAAGCUUCAGCUCUGGUGGGAACACAAGAAAACUGGGGUCAAGCCAGGAAAAAUCGAUGGAAACUAUGCUGGAAGGAAAGGACAAAUCUGACAGUGCUCAGAUUAAAGACACUGUUCAUGUCAAACAAAAUGAACAUUUUGGCCCACUUGAUGGCAUCUCUGAGUUUAGUAGUUCAAGUUUGCAUUCAAGUCUGGUAGUAGAUCGACAGCAAGUCCAGUCAAACUCCAGCGAGAUGCCAGAUAAAGGGCUUCCCAUCAUGUCCUUUGUUAGCGAUAACAAGGAAAAGGAUGAGAACACAGAACCUCUGAGGCAGGAUGGACGUUCACAGGGCAGCGAUUUGUUUAGUGAGUCACAUGUGGAAUCAGAAAAUAUAGAGUCUCCAACCACAAUGGAGAUAACCACAGAAAAAAGCAGCUCCAGAGAACAUACCAAAGUUGAAAGCAGUGUUGAGCAAUCACUAAAAUCAGCACCAAAAAAGGAGUUGGCUUCAAGUGGGGAACAAAAUGAGUGUUUCAACCCAUUUGAAGUCACAGGAGCUGAGCAGUCAGACGAUGUUGUAAAUAAAGUGCAUGAAGAGCUGAUUAACCCAAUACAAGUGCAAGAUCUGCUUCAAACUGAUACAGGACCCAAACCCUGUCUCCAAGCACAGCCAUCAGAAAUAAACGCUCCUUUGGACUCCAAGCAGGAUGAUCCUCAGUGCAUCAAAGAUGAAUCCCCCACAGGCCCCAAUCCAUCAGGGAGCAGAAGGAAACUGGGGUCAAGCCGAAGAAGUAAAGGAAGGCAGCAUGCUAAAGAAGAAGCUACAGAAAGCACUAGAGAUGAUGAAGCCUCUAAAACACCAAACAUAUUAGCAACAGAGAUGGCAAGGCAGGAAGAACUGACAGACAUCAAAUCUCCAGAGAAAAUAAGAAAAAUAAGUUCAACUGUGAAUGAAAAUGACAACACAGAAAAGCUGCCAGACAAAGACACACUUUCUACAGACAGCAGUACUGUCGUGACAGCAGACAAUGACUUUCUCAAAUCUAAUAAGGAUGUUGAUGACAAAGACAAGAAACCUGUCAAAGAACCUGAGAAUUUAAGUUACCUCACAGGAUAUGACACAGAUGAAAUGGACCUGAUGCAACCACCACAAGCCUCAGUUUGGAAAGAUGACUUAUACAUGCAGAAUAUCUCAUAUCACGAUGACAGGUCAAGAACUGUGGACAUAGUUGCCCAAGAAGAAGCCUCUCAGCUCCAAAAUACAGAAGACUUAUUAAGAAAAGACGCUGAUGUGCAACAGACAAAUGAUGAGAUAGAAACUGUGGGGCAUGUCAUGAUGGAGAGCUCCGUGGAUAAACAAGGUUCUGGACAGGGUGAAGUUGGACAAAACUUUGAAGAUUCUACAAACAAAGUUGGUGCAGUUCAAGAAAUAAAUACAUCACAUAUUCUCGUUUCUACUGCACAAGAGCCAGCUGAGGAUGUUGAAAGUGAAAUUUCUACAGCAAUGGAUGCAUCUAACAGCCAAGAAGAAAAUCAAUCAGAUUACAAGAAAAAUUUGCAAGUAAAAUCCAACCAGAGGAGGAGAAAAUUGGGCUCAACUCGCAGGAAUCUACUCAACAGGAAACAAGAGGGCGAAACGGACGACAAAGACGAAACAACAGAAAGCGAAGUUCACACAGAAGCUAAUGCAAGAAAUCUUGACGAGAUGAAAGAUGUGAAAGAGCUGGUGUUAUCUGCAGAGGUGUCACAAAAUGAAAAUGCAACAACUUUGCUGGGUGCUGUUUAUAAAGAACAACAGGAGGGUUAUGAAAUCAGCUCUGCUCAUGAUGAGGGGCAUCAGCUAGAAAGCAGCACUUCUAGCCUACAGAGCUCAGAGAGUAAUGUGAUACCAGGCAGAGAUGAUUUAAUGGCUCUCCUUCCUGAACCGGCAGCCUCUCACACUGAGGAAGCUGUCGAUCCUGAUAGAAAGGAUGGUGAAAGAAAUGUAGACAUUGGUGUGGAGCCAUCAAUGCUAGAGGAGUUUACAAGCUCAAAGACACAAAUAAGCCCUAUGAUCGCUGAAAGAAACAGACGCUCAUUAGAUCAGUUGCUGCCCCUAAAUACUGACACCACAACAAAUACUGGCAUCACAGGAGGAAGCUCAGUGCUUGGUGAGACCACUGAGACCACACAAAAUGAUGACGAAAGGGCUGAGAGUGCCACAGAAAUACAGGACCAAGAUUCUACUCAACAAAAGCCAAACGUGAUAGAAGAAGCUCAAGCUAAAACUCCCGAGAUGAAGAACGCAAGCCCAAAUGUGACUCCGACCAACAGGAGAAGGAAGAUGGGCUCCACCCGCAGGAAUCUUGGAUCACGAAACAAAGGAGAAGACCUGGAUAAUGAGGCAACAGAGACCGAAAUAAUUGUAGGAGAUGUAAAGACAGAGAGUGUCCCUGUAAUCAAAGAAAAGGAACUGCAACUUCACACAGAACACAAUGAGGGUGACCCUGAACAAGAGAGAUUAUUAGAAACAACAGAAUUCAGCCAAGCUGGCGAGUGUCAGCCGACUCCUCCGACUCAGCAGACAGUUGAGAAAAAACCUGUUACUCAAGGCGAACUUUUAGACACAGAGGAGCAUAGUCCCAAUUAUCUUCCAUCCACCUCUACUAAAAAUGAUACAACGUCAAUGUCGGCAUCUGGAAGGAGGAGAAGAAAAAUGGGAUCUCACCGGAAGUCACACGGACAUCAAGGUUAUGGAGACCAAACAGAAGAACAGGAGGGAAUAUUAGAUGAACAAAACGAGACGAAUGUGAGAAGUACCCCCGAGGAAGGUGUGAUCAAGCCAUAUGAAGAGCACAAAGAAGAACCAUUGGAUCUGCAGAAAACAUCAGAGGGUGAUGAUCGUGAAAGGAAACCUUCAUCUAGCAUUAUAAUUUCAAAGCCUGCAGAACACUCAAGGCCUGUGAGUGAAAAGACUCCAUUUCAGCCUUCACAUGCUGAAAACCGCCUGGGUCAGGAGCAGUUUUCUUUGGCUGGUGAGCCCAGAGGGGCAGGCCUCAGAUCAGACAGCUACCAUGUCGUGAUGAUUGGAGACAGCAGUGUGGGAAAGACUUCCUUCAUGAAAAGAGCUCAAACUGGGAAGUUUUCUUUAGAUAUACCGUCCUCUAUUGGCCUUGAUUCCUGCAUGUGGACUGUGAUGGUAGAUGGCAAACCUGUGGUUCUGGAGUUGUGGGAUACAGCAGGACAAGAAAGGUUUCGCAGCAUCACGAGACAUAUUUUCCACAGAGCUCAGGCGUUUCUCUUAAUGUAUGACAUUACAUGCACCGAGAGCUUCUCUGCAGUCAGCUACUGGGCCAACUGUAUUCAGGAAAGCGCUGCAGAAGACGUGACCGUUUUACUUCUGGGGAACAAGAGCGACUGCGCUAAACGACAGGUUAAAACCGAACAGGGAGAAAUUCUUGCUAAGGAAUACAACUUUGAAUUCAUGGAAUGCAGUGCUGCCACAGGGGAAAACGUGGUUCAGUGUUUGGAAACUGUGGCCAGGAUGCUGAAUCAAAAAAUUGGCACAAGAGAGGAAGCCACAGUGGUUCAACAAGGGGCAGCACAGAAAAAAAGAUCAACAUGUUGCUGAGCAGAUGUGUUUGUGCAGAAAAUAAGUUAGGUGUUGAAAUCCUGCAAACGGAGGACAUGGUGUACUGGUUGGAUUUUCUAGGCUGGUGUUUGCAACAAACUGCAUUUAAUUCAACUGUACUUGCACAACUGUGUAAGUUAAGUUCUUUUUCCACAAUGACUUUUAAUCAAUUUGUUUCUUCCAAACCCACGUAAGACAUGUAUCGAUUUAAAGGGCAAUUUAAGAGUAAGUAAUGGCUUUACUUGCAUAAAAUAUAGUGGAACUGUACUUGUACUAAUAAUACAUGUGGUGAGAGGAUACCUAAGAAGCCUUCAUGCUUAUAGUAGCUAACUGGUGCAGGAAGAGAUAUUACAUGUUGGAUAACAGAUUUAAUCAUUUUGCACUGUGUUUUCUUCUGCUAAACUAGUUUUCCUUCUGAAGCAUGAAACCACUCCUCUAUUUGUGCAAUUUCAGAUUAUUAUCUUUGGAUCACAUGUGAAGAGUCUGGCUCCAGACUGAGAUAUAGCCAUUUAAAGACAUAACAACUUAUCUCACUAGUAAUCACAACUUUAAGUACUUAAGCACUUUCUAUUCAUGAAAAAAUAUUUAGUUUCAGCUUGAAAACAGAUAAGUUAAUCUCCUCUGUUGUACAGUUAUCACUCUGCCAAGAACCGCGGCGAAGUUAUGUGACGAUGGACAUCGGUUUGUCCGUCUGUUUGUAUGUCUGUUUGCAAUACUACUUAAAAACAGACUAACGGAUUUGGAUGAAAUUUUCAGGGAAGGUCAGAAAUGACAAGGACCAAGUGAUUAGAUUUUGGCAGUGAUGCAGCUUGUAGUCUGGAUCCACAGAUUGGUUAAAGAUUUCCGUAUCAUUGUGAGAUAGCGGCACAGCGUCACUGUAACCAUGACUACAAGUGAACACUACGUCAGCUUCCUGAUGAUGGUCACGAUUGCGAUCCUACUACAAAUCCACCGCUGUGGACCACAAAUUGUUUAAAGACUUCAUCCGUAGUAGAUCAUAGAAUGACUAAGCAGCCUUGGCAGAGUACUACGCUCUCUAAAUACUUUUCUUGUUGAAUGUUUGGUCUACACUGUCUAUAUUUUAUGGGAAUUAAUAUAUCGUAGUUGUGUAUAUUUAUGUUUAAAUCUGAUCUCUGAGGUCACAAAGCGUGAUAUUUUCAAGGGUCUCUAAUGACUUAGGGUACUUACGUGUGAGAACAAAUCAUUCUGUUUUUGUUUACUACUCCACUUUAUUCAAUAACAAUAUUAACUUUGCAACGAUUUUGUGUGCUUGCCAUCUGUUCCAAAUUAUUAGUGCAAUCAUUCUCCUGCAGUUGUCAAAGCUGCCAGGUCGGCCAGAUAAUCAGGAAUGAAUUCCAUGCCUCUGUAAUUAAAUACACUGGUACUGAAAUUGAUAACAGGUUUGCCCAUCUGAAUGUAAAAUUAUGUUGUAUUAUUUCCCCAUAACUUGUGUCACCGUCUACCUUUAAUCAGAUUGUUCUAAUGUCAUGUCUCAUGCUUAAUAAACCUCUCGAGCAACAA